AUGGAGGUUGGAGUCGAUUGUAUGCGAUACUUUGGUGUUCGAUCUUAUCUUGAUAAAUUUUAUGAUCGACCAGGUGAUUAUGAACAACAAGGAGAUAAUCAACAGAAAUACUUAAUCCCAUCUAAUCGUCCAAGAUUUUCCAGUCGCUGGUGGAAAAUAAUACUAUGGUUUGGCAUGUUAUUGGUUAUAAGUGGUAUCUUUCUACUUUUAAUUGGCUUUAUCCUUCCGCGAAAAAAAAUAAAUGUUGACGAUUCAUCAUCUGCUAAUUCUCGCGUUAUCAUUGUUGAUCGGCAAGCACUUGCUUACAAUGCUAACUUGGAUACUAGUCGGUUACUUGGCGUCUGUUUCGUUGUAGUAGGAGGCAUUUUAUUUACUUUAUCCCUUGUAAUGCCCACUUUUUGUUAUAUGUGGUGUGCCACGGGAGAUUCAAAUGAUGAAACUGAUCCUUUAAAAUUACGAAUGGAAGUAUCGAACAGUGAACAAGUGACACCUGUAAUAAGCAGUAUACCAAAAUCUAUUCAACCAAAUCAUCGUAAAAAUGAAUCGAGAAUAACAACAGAAGGAAUUGUGCCUGUGUCAACACCUUAA